AUGGCCCUACCACCAUCCCUACGUGACGGGCAGAAAGCUGCCAUUGAACGUCUUCUUAACCUGAACACGACUCCCUCAUCAACCUCAAAAGACGACAUCUCCAACGCCGCAGCACCAAUCUGGAAACUCCUGAUCUUCGACAAACUCGGCCAAGACAUCAUAUCCUCCAUCCUCCGCGUCCAGGAUCUGCGAGAGAAUGGAGUGACGGUACAUACACAGUUGCACGCACAACGGGCAGCGAUCCCGGAUGUUCCUGCUCUUUAUUUGCUUGAGCCUACGACGGCGAACUUGGAGAAGAUUCAGGAGGAUUUGAGGGAUGGCUUGUAUGAGUCUGCUUACGUCAAUUUCCUCACAUCCAUCUCGCGAGACAAGCUGGAGGACUUUGCGGCAGCGACGGCGAAGGAUGGGACAGACGCACUCGUUGCGCAAGUCUACGACCAACACCUCAACUUCAUUGUCGCUGAACCAGACCUAUUUUCGUUGUCUAUUCCGGGGGUGUACCAUACCUUCAACUCCCCCACAUCCCCCGAAUCCCAAAUAUCUGAGACAGUUGACGGGAUUGUGAGAGGUUUGUUCAGUGUGGUCGUUACGUCCGGCCUUGGUGUACCGAUUAUUCGUGCACCACGGGGAAACGCAGCAGAAGCCAUCGCCGUGAAGCUCGAGCAGAAACUUCGCGACUGGGCCGUCUCGACACAACAAUCAACCCCGGCAACCGGUGCGCGACCCGUGCUGGUACUGCUAGACAGAAACGUGGAUUUAGUACCCAUGUUCUCCCACUCUUGGACCUACCAAUCCCUCAUCCACGACAUUCUCUCUCUCCACCUUAACCGCAUCACCGUCCCCGCCUCCGCUUCUGACCCUGCACAAGGCAAAAAGUCCUACGACCUCGACGCUACCCAAGAUUUCUUCUGGCGGAAGAACAGUAAUGCACCAUUUCCGACUGUAGCGGAGGAUAUUGACAGUGAGUUGUCGAGGUAUAAGAUUGAUGCGGCGGAGAUUACGAGGAUGACGGGUGCGAACUCACUCGACGACCUCGAUCCCACGACCGCAGAUCUCGGCGGUGCGGCGGGUUUGAAGUCUGCAAUCACGGCACUGCCUGAGUUGACGGCACGAAAGGGAGUGUUGGAUAUGCACAUGACAAUUGCAACAACCCUCCUCUCUGCCAUCAAAGAACGCGCACUCGACGACUUCUUCCAGCGUGAGGAAACGAUCGGACGUGUCACUCGGGCACAACUUCUCGAGGUUCUUAGGGAUCCGGCGAGGAAGGGGGAAGAUAAGUUGAGGUUGUUUGUGAUUUGGUGGUUGUCCGUCUCGGAAUCCGAGGCGAGCCCGGAGGCGCUGAGGGAGUGUGAGGGUGCGUUGAGGUUGGAGGAGGGUGUUGAUAUGCCCGUCAUCGAGUGGAUCAAGAAAGUUAGGGAGUUAACGCGGAUGACAAUGAUGACUACGACGAAUACCGCGUCCGCACCCGCACCCGGGGCUGAUGGCUUGUUACGGGGAUUCUCGAGUCUGAGCUCGAGGUUCAAGGACGCUUCUGGUGUUGAUCUCGGCGCACUCGUGAGCGGUGUCAAGAACUUCUUGCCGUCGAAGAAGGAAUUGACGGUUACGAAGGUUGUCGAAGCACUAACCUCAUCCGACGGACACGCACCCACCGGACCAGCAGCGGACUACGUCUCCCUCGACCCCCUCGCUCGCGGUGCCGCCUCCUCAGGCGCUAGCAGACGGGCGGGCGAUGCGAUUGUCUUCGUCGUCGGUGGUGGGAAUUACGUGGAAUAUGGAAACUUGCAGGAAUGGGCGAGCCAACAGGGUGUGGGGGGAGCACAGAGUGCGCGAGGGAAGGGGAGGAGAGUUGUGUAUGGGAGUACGGAGUUGCUUAGUGCGAAGGGAUUCCUGAGCGAGUUGGGGAGGCUUGGGAGGGGAGAAUAG